UAUUCACUCCUACUAAACAAUUCGUUGAUGCCAAGUUUCAACCGUUUGAAAGUUUUUUAUCUUGUGACCCCGACCGGUGCUGUUCGAAAACCUAACUAAUCGUCGUCUUUUAAUAAUAUUAGUGAGCCCAUACAAGAAAUCAAAAUUGCUGUAAUCAAAAGUUUACGGGUCAAAUGUCCUCCGAAAACGAAGAACAAGCGGUGUCCACCGUUGAAGCUCCUCCUGCAGAAGACACGACUCCCAAAGAAUCACCUCCGACCGUCGAGGAGGCAGUAGAAAAGAAACCUGUGGAGGUCGAACCGCUGACUGUUUUCUCGGACGAAUCGUACGUGUGUGACCGGCAAUACGCGAUUGUGCUCGCGCAACUUAUGUCGGUCAAAGAACGCGUUAAAGUGUACACGUGGAUUCAAAGGAUGGACACUAUGAAGGACACCGACGAUAUGCGUGAAGAACGUGACCUAUACCUGAAAUUUUUAACCGUGUCGCUGAAUAACGGCAAACUGGUGCCGCCGUUCACCAAGGAUCCGCCUGCGGGACUGCGACCGCUCAGCACCAUCGUACCGAGGUCCGUUUACAAUUUUAUCUUCAAGGGAAAAUACACAAAUGCCGAAAGCGCCUCCAGCCCCGAGGAGAAAGCCAACUACAAGUUCGGUCCACCCGACCGCAUCGAGCCCAGUCAGUUUUUUGCCCGGCAGCCGGUGCCGCACAAUGGUGACUUCGUCUACGCCGCAGCGUUCAGCACCAAAAAAUGAGACGAAACGAAAACAUUAACCAUACUCUCAU